AAUUCACCAUGUCAAUUUUUAAUAUUAAGUUAUCAAUUUUCACCAUAAAUUUCAGAAUGAAAUAUUUCACAUAUUAUGAUAUUUUUUUCAAAUUUUAUAAAUUAUCAGUUAUGCGUUUUUUUUCUGUAAUAGUUCCGAUAGUUCGAAAUUAAAAAGUGCAAUUAGGUUUACUUGACAAAAUUUAUUCUGCAUUUUACGAGAGAGAAAAAUGGCAUUCAAGAAAUCCUACUAGAUUAUUUAAAAUAAAAAUAUUAUCUGUGGAAUUAAAAGGCGUUUAUUUGAUUUGUCUUUGAUUUAACAGGGUUCCAUUACGUGUAAAUGAACAAUUACUAUUCUCACGGCGUCUGGCGCGGGAACGCUAGUAACAUUUAUCUUUCAGUAUUAUUUUUGCGAUAGCACCAAUACACAUAUUUCACUCUGGAGGAAAAUAACGUGGAAAAUAUUGGAAACAUUUACAGUUCUUUCGCCAUUUAAAGCAGUCAUAAUUCUUUAGAUUGGAUCUUACAAGAUCGUUUGCGCCGCUAAUCGACGCUCUGGACUGAUUAUUCUCAGGGUUCAAGAUGUCUUUUGUCCCGUAAUUAAAUAUAAGAGUAUCGUAUUAUACGAUUCCAUUUCAGUUUAUUGUGUUUUAGCAUAGGAAUGUGUUUUUCUCGUAGGUAGAAAUCACUAGAGGGUGUGAUUUGGCCAUAUCACCAGCCAGCCUACCUGCUUUUGUAAGGCUUUGUUUGAUUGGUCGAGGCAUUCUUGAUCUAAUUUCUAUGCAAAUGAUUUAUUUUGGCCGACAUUGACUAUGGAGUCUCACAAAUCAACCGACAUGGAAUAGGUCAUGUUGUGUGAAGUAAUAACAAUCAAAGCGAGAUAUCUUCUAAAAUGAACUCCUACUACCCAGCCUCGUUUUUUGCACAAUAUUCCACAGACAAUAUACCGCAUAACGUGGGAUACAAUUCCAAUAAUUUUGGAUUAUUAUCGCGUUUUGCUGAUCAAAUAUCUGCAUAUCACAGUAAUAACUUUAAUAGUGAACAUCAUCAUCGUUUUUCCAACGGAUUUUCCUCUCAUCACCCUCACCAGGAAUCCCAUUUUCCGUCCCGGGAAAACUCCAGCAGCGAGAGCGCGUCGGUGGGAGGAGGCGGAGGGUCGGGAAGAAUUUCGAACUAUCCCCAGCCUGCCCCGGCCCAUCAACCUGAGGAAAACAAUGUACCGAGGUCAUAUAGCUCCUGUAGUACCGAUAACUGGAGUCCCCCUCCUCACGGGGUUCAGCCUGGAUCUCCAGAUUCGCUUCACCAUAGUACCAGUCCCUACUCCCCCGUGGAGAACAACAAUAAUCCGUGCAACAUGAUGUUACACAAGAACAUGAAGUCGGACCAAAACUCCGGCGAACAACCUACUCCGUUUUACCCCUGGAUGGGAAUAGUUGGUCCCAACUCCGCGCACAGAAGACGUGGACGCCAAACCUACAGUCGCUACCAGACUCUGGAGCUGGAGAAGGAGUUUCAGUUCAAUCAUUAUUUAACGCGAAAGCGGCGAAUUGAGGUAGCACAUUCUCUUUGCUUAACAGAACGACAGAUUAAAAUUUGGUUUCAAAACAGACGAAUGAAACUUAAAAAAGAGAGACAAGCUAUAAAAGAGAUCAAUGAUACCUCCGGUCUGUUGUCUCCAGAGAAGAAGGACGACAAGAGUGACGGACUGUCGAGUGACGAGUCUCCGUAAACACCCGAAUUACUCCGAACACCAACGAGAAAGCUUCAGACAAUUACACGAGCUAGGCUAUCUCUAUUCAGGCUAUACGGGUAAAUGGUUCGUCAGCUCUUGCCAUAAUUUUGGACAUUUCGAAAUAUUAUGGCAAUUUUAACUUAUUCCAAAGAUAUUAUAUGUUUUCUGUUUCUAUUGUGUGAGGUAUUACAACUUAGAUCUCGUAUCACGUUAAAAGCUUGGUCAUAAGGCGUAAGAAGAACCGUGUCCGUGUGUCUGCUAGUCAGGAGGAUCCUUCCACGGUGAUUAUGUGCGUGUUCCGUAUCUGUGUUGUCUGCCCUUUAUGUCGAAAUAGGACUGCAGAUGGCGACCUGUGAAUAUAUACGUGAUGGCAUGGGUUUUUUCCACUGCGGGACAACAUGUCCCCACGGUAAACAGAAAUUAUUAUCUCUGUGAUGGGACAUUGUUUACUUCUAUAUCAAAGGGUGUGAUAUAUAUUGAUUCGCUUGAACUGUUAUAGAUAGAAUUCAUGAUGUCCACAUUUAUAAAAACAUGUUUUAUAUCAUUGAUAAUGUGACCAAAGGGUAAAAUCUUCGCAACAUUCAUGGAUAUUCUGAUAGAGGGUAAACCAAUGUUAAAUGAUUAUUAUCACAGUAGUCCUAGGCAACGAUCACCAUAUUUUUGUACAGCAUUCUUAGUACUUAUGGCCAGAAAUCUGCUGACUUCUAUGAAAUUGUGUAGUUAGACAUACGUACAGAAAAUACCUCAAAUUUUCUCUUCCAUUGUAUAGACAUAUGUGAUGCAUAACGCUUUUAUAAUACUUUGUUUUGUAAAAAAAGAAAGAUUACUCCAUCUCAGGGCCAUAGUUUGCCACAUUAUUACAAUACAAAGUCCACGCCCUAAAUUUAUUCCGAAGAUUCCUUUUGUUAAAGAUUGAUAGGAACGCUGCAUCUGUAGAUAAAUACACACGGAAACCAUUCCACACACGUGUAUUUUCAGUUAGUAAACACUCAAAGCAUGAAUUUUGCAGUCUUGUGAAUUGCUGCCAAAAUUUUGUCAAGGAAGUUGCAAUAGAAGAUUCCCCGUUUUAAUGUUGUGGUGUGCUGUUCUAACGAGACUGUUAUUUGCAUCAGAGAGAUUUUUUUCUAUUUCUAUUUGUUUGUUGACGUUUAGUUGUCCUGCAUUGAUAUAUAAAACGUACUGCCAAUUUCAUUGGUGCAUUUCAAAUGUAAUAAAAUUUUGUAAAGAAUA